GUUGAUAAAGCAAAGUUGAUCGGAAGUUUCCCAGAGAAAUCGAGUUACUAAUGACGACGACGCAAUCAGCAAGUAGGAUCGAGAAAGUGGUCGUUCAUCCACUCGUCUUGCGCAAUAUCGUCGACAAUCACAACCGCAUCGCUAAGGACUCGGGAAAGCGUGUUGUCGGUGUUCUUCUCGGCAGUAGAAGCUCCCGUGGUAUCGUUGGUGUCACCAACAGCUACGCAGUGCCCUUUGAGGAGGAUGGCAAAGACCCAAGUAUCUGGUCUUUUGAUGGCGACCACCAUGAGUACAUGUUGAACAUGUUCAACGGCCUUAAUGACAAGGAGGAUGUGGUCGGUUGGUACAGCACAUGCCCCAACCUCAGAGAAAAUGAUUUGGCUGUUCACGCUUCUAUCUUUAGGAGCUGCAGCUAUGUUCUCAAUCCAGUUGUGUUGGUCACUAUUGACGUCCAGCCUCAUCAACUUGGAAUUCCCACAAAAGCUUACUAUGCAGUGAAUUCUUCUCUCGGAAGCAGCAAGGAAGCCUUCGUCCCUGUGUCUACAGAAAUUGCUCCUCCUCAAGUCGAGGAGAUCGGCCGGAGUAUCCUGGUGACUGAGAUGACUCCGGGUGGUGAUAAUGGCUUGGUUGAUAGUAUCGAAGCUAACUAACUACCUGUCCCUCCAAAACAGGGUUAGGAUUAGUGUUUCAGGAUAUGACACUUCGCUUGAUGCUCUUGACCUUGUUAGCUAUUUGGAGAAGCACUUUCAGUCUUGUGGUUUCCUGGAGAACAUUCAGGUGCCGAGACACCCGGUCACUAAUGCAAUUACCGACAGAUGUACUACUGUGACUCUCAGCGGAGAAUGGGCAACAGAGAAGGCAUUGGCACUCAACGGAAGUGAUGUGGGAGGAUGGAUAGUUUCUGUCACCGUUUUACCACCUGAGAUUAGUGAGAUGGCUUCUGGGAUGAGUGCUCGUGAAUAUGCACUUCGUUACGUCGCCGGGACCCUGUCCAUGUAGCCGCUUCUCCCUCAGGCUCUCAGCUCAGUCAGUACUAUCUCCAUUUCGUUUUUUCUGUUUUCCAUUCUGCAUUGUCUAUUUUCUUUUGUUUCUGCAUUUUAGACAAAGCAUUUUUCCUGGUUUUUACUGGAUUUACCAUCUUUCUAGCAUAAGAAUAUAUGUCAGACUUUUA